CAUCCAUGCGCUUUUGAUGAAGUUUUCCAUUAUUGUUAUUGAACAUUACUAUAAGUAAGUUAUUGGUAAUAUUAGCUUAUGCAAUGGCAGCUUGUAGUCAAACAAACGGUAAUUCAAAACCUGAUGAAAAUAUUGUUGCUUCAAAAAAUUGCAAUAAGCCAGUAUUAGAUUUAAGAACAUUUGAUCCUGUCCUCCAUUCAUUGGAUGUAAACUUUCGUUUAACGCGUUUUGGUGAAAACAAAGGACGUGCGUAUAAAGAUCCUCAGGAAGUUUUUUUGAAACUUCUCGAAGGACUUCAAAGUGUAAAUGAUGAGCAUGAAGUUUCUGUUCCCACAAUUAGCAUUGGUAAGAUUAAUACUACUAUAAUUCCUUUUCGACGAUAUGGAGGGCUUAGACUUUUGCAAACAACUGAUUGGUGUUAUCCUAUGGUGGACGAUCCAUAUUUAUUGGGUAAGAUUGCAUGCUCACAAGUACUAAGUAAUAUCUAUGCAAUGGGUGUAGUAGACUGCGACAAUAUGAUGAUGCUUCUAAGCGUUUCAUCAUCAAUGUCUGAUGUGGAGAGGGAUACUAUAAUACCUCUCAUGUUGAAAGGAUUCAAGGAUUGCGCAUUAGAAGCUGAAACAGUUAUUACAGGUGGACAGACUGUCAUUAAUCCAUUGUGUAUUAUUGGUGGGGUUGCAUCUUCAGUUUGUCAGGUGAAUGAGUAUAUCUCUCCAAUGAAUGCUGUUGUAGGUGACGUUUUGGUAUUAACUAAGCCUCUAGGUACUCACGUUGCAAUCUGUGCUCAUCAGUGGAUGAAUGAUAUUCCUGAGAGAUGGAAUAGAAUAAAAGUGGUCGUAACAGAAAUUGAUGUGAAUAAAGCAUAUAAAACUGCUGUGGAGUCCAUGUGCCGUCUAAACAGAGUAGCUGCAAGACUCAUGUUUAAAUAUAAUGCCCAUAGCUGCACCAACAUCAGUCAACAAGGACUAUUGACUCAUGCAAACAAUAUGGCUCUCAACCAGAAAAAUGAUGUGAGCUUUGUUAUUCAUAAUCUACCGGUCAUCUCCAAAAUGACUGCUGUUGCAAAAGCCUGUGGCGAAAUGUUUCAGCACAACCGUCAUUCAAUUGAGUUUUCUGGUGGACUUCUAAUUUGUCUUCCACGAGAACAAGCUGCUGCUUAUUGUAAGGAAAUUGAAAAGCAAGAAGGCUUUCCAGCAUGGAUCAUCGGUAUUGUGGAGAGGGGAGGCAGGUCAGCCCGCAUUAUUGAGAAGCCCAGAGUACUAGAAAUAAAUAAAUGAAGUAAUCCAGAAGUUCAGUUCUAAAAAUAGUCAGAAGGUAUGAGAUGCAAUAAGAUGGAAGGAAAAAUUGCAGAAGACCUAUAAUAUAAAGCUAUUUUGCCCGGUCUAUCUGUAUAGAGAUCUGUUAAAAAGGCAAUACCAGUCAAUUUAUAAUUUAAUUGAGUUACUAUUAUCGUUUGACAUAUACCGUAGUUUUUUUAGAUUGUUAAUUAAGUUAUUUAAUUCUAAUGAUUUGGUUUACUUACCUACUAUUACUUGUUAGCGGUGUUUUCAAAAUAUGUCACUACAUUUAGAUGUUAUAAAAAUGUAUCAAUACAUUUGGAAAAAAAUCAUGUUCUCAACUAGAAGUCCAGUUCUAGAAUGAGUCAGAAGAUAUGAGUUGCAAUCGGGAAAGGAUACGUUACAGAGUCAACUACAACAUUUUUCUGCAUAUCAAGUUAUUUUGCCAGAUCU